AUGAUCUGCAACAGAGGAAAAGUGGGCUUCCUCCUGAUUUUGAUGUACCUUCAUACUCAGCCUGUCUUUAGACAUGUCGGAGCCCAGAAGCAGCCGAAGAAGAAUUUUCUUGACAGACUGAAGAGGUUGGAUGAGCAGUUUCGGAGGUUCCAAGAGGACACUGUUAGCCGUCUUCAAGAUAUUGCUAACAAAUUCAACCUCCCGUCUAACAUUAAUGACCGUUUCCAAGUCUUGACAGCUCAGUACCAGAACAUCUCUAUUCUGCUCAAUGACUUCCAGAUCACAGCAGCCAAUGACCUCAGCAGCCUGAAGUCUUGGACCAAGAAACUGCAAAGAAAGACGAGAAACCUAAACCUGAAGUUGGCAAUUCUGGAGAGAACCCUGAAUGACCAGAAGAGGAUGACACUGAAGGAGGCCAAAAAACAGAAAUUGCUGCUGUUCAAUCUCACCCAGCAGGUCCGGGAUCACAGAGAUCGUAUCGGUUUCAUCUCUGCCAAUCAGAACGAGAUGCAGGGUGGGUUUAGGGGCCUCCAGGAUGCCCUUAAAAAGCAGCUGGACAUGACAGCCCGGCUGCAGGAGCAGGUGAAGGCCCUGCUGCAGAAGAACACGUUUUCCUCCAGAGGUUCUUCAAGUUCUGGUGAUCCUCUCAUCUCCAAUCGAACACCCCAGAAUCCACCUUCCAGAAUCCCAACACCAGGCCUGGAACAGGGCCGUAGGAGCCCCCCAAGCAAGAAGAAGAUCCACCUAAAGCCUUCCAAUGGGAAGAGGGUGAGGGACAGAUUGCCAUUGCCCAGGCCAACUCAGCCAUAUAUGAGCGCCCAGAACAAGCCCAAGACAAGGCCAGGACCUAAAAUGCAGAAGGAACCAGAUGUAUAUGACUUGGCCCAGCUUCCUCUGAGACACAGGAUUCCUCAACACCAUCAUAAAUCAAAGAAAACUGGCGCAAUUUGCAAUGUGAAUUCCAUGCUACAUUUCCCCUCCAACUCCAUUCGGAAUUAUGUCACCUUCAAGAAGAGCUUCCUGACUGGUAUCCAUGAGCUGUCCAUCUGCACUUGGCUGAAGAUAGAUGUGAGUUAUGUCGGCACAUUGCUGUCCUAUGCCACGGAAGAGAAUGACAACAAGCUAGUCCUGUAUGGUCGCUCCAGCAAGCAAGGGAGUCUGGACUUUGUGGUUGGAGAUCCAGCGUAUCGAGAGUUGCCCGCUGAUAACCUCCUAGACAGUCGUUGGCACCAUCUUUGCAUCAUCUGGUCAUCCAUAGAAGGCAGGUUUUGGCACUAUACUGACCACCGUCUCAUCUCCACGGGCUCCAAAUUCCAGAAGGGCUAUGAGAUCCCAGAGGGGGGUUCCAUCAUCCUGGGGCAGGAACAAGACUAUUUAGGAGGCGGAUUUGAUGAGGCAGAAGCCUUUGUGGGCAGGAUGGCGGGUUUUAUGGUGUGGAACCGAGUACUGAGUCCGGGUGAGGUGUCUGGGAUUGCUACGGGGAAAGGCAUCCCCAGGGGAACAGUCCUCAGUCUGGAUGAUAUAGACCAACUGAAUGGCUCAGUGCAGCAUGUGAACUGUCGGUGUCUGGAACACUGUAUGUAA